AUGAAGUUCAUCGUUGCUCUCUGCUCCGUAUUUGCGGCAACCAUUUCUGCUUCACCACUGGAAGCUCGCUCCCAAUCCGUCACUGUGGCGCUCUCCAAUGAUCAAUCAGGCGCAUACUCAGGAGUUUCCUUCUCUGCCGAUGGUACCGAUAAGACUAUCCCAUCGCUCUAUGGUGGAACAUCCGUGGGAUCAGGCGGCCAUGUCAAGGCUUCAUCUAUCCAAUUGACCGCCUUCCCCCAGACUAUUAGCUGCAUCCUUAGAAACAAUGGAGCUACUCUCACCACUUUGACUGCUCAGCACACAUUUGCCGACCUGGAUGGAAACCCCAAUGCCGCUAUUCCAGUGGAUCUCAGUGGCGCAGUAAUUAACUGCCAUGCCUAA